AUGCCAUCUUCAACUUCAAGAACUUUGGAAUUCAAAGAAAUACUUCAACAACACAAAAAAAAUCAAAAUCUAUCUAAACCCAUCAAUCCUAAAUCACCCAUUUCAAAGACAAAACCUCCAUCAAACUUAUCAGAAACUCAAACCUGGUCAAAAGAAGCAAAGGUUGUUAACCAUAACAUUCAAGACUUACUCGAGUUUCUAAAAACGAUCAAACGAGCUUAUCUAGAUCCUACUCCAUCUAGAUCAUCUACUACUCAUCAUAAUUCAACUAAACCUUUAGAAAGACAAGUUGAAAUCAAAAGAGGUUUUCAAGGGUUUUCACAAGUCAGAUGGUUUAGUGAACAAGAAAAAGAUGAAAUUGAUGUACUUGUUGGUGUAGGAUUAAAGAAAUCUAUUCAAGGAGUUAGAGCACUUGAAGCAGCUGAAAAUUCUAGAAAAUCUCAACAUUCAAAUCAAACUUCAACAUCGAUUUCACGAUUUUUAAAUUUACCUUUAUUAAUUUCAUCAGAUCUGAAUUUCGAACAAAUCAGUUUACAUCGAGCUUCGAUUCUUUGGUAUUUAAAUGAUCGAUUAACCAAACUUAGUCAACUGAUUAAAGAUCAACAAGAAACCCGAGCCGAAAAGAAACGACAAAAGUUAUCAAAUGGUGGUUUAGCCGGUAUGGCCAGUGUCAAAGAUCUUUCACGCACAAUGAUCGGAUCAGAAAGAAUGAUCUCAACAUCAGAUCAAGUGAAGAUCCCAUCAGUCUUUAAACCUUCUCAAUCCACUUCAUGGUCAGAAGACCCACUUGAAUCCAAACCGAUUGAAGAAAUCUUAACCUCAACACAACUACAUCAAUUCGAUUCCGAAUCAUCAGCUUUAUUAAGAAUGACCGAAACCACUCUAACUUCAAUCAAACAAACCGAAUCUUCUUUAUUAGAAAUCUCGAAUCUACAAUCUGAAUUAGUCUUACAUUUAACUCAUCAAACCGAAUUGAUCGAUACACUUUGGGAUGAUUCUUUGGUUUCAACUGGGAAGGUUUCAGAAGGCAAUCUACAACUUUUGAAAGCUAAAGAAAAUAAUCGUGAAAGUAGGAUUUGGUUACUUUGUUUUUUGUUAGGAGCUAGUUUUGCUUUAUUGUUUGUAGAUUAUAUUGCUCCUUGA